CUCUUCUUCCUCAUGUAAACUCUCUCUCUCUCACUCUUUCUUUAUCUCUCCCAUUUUUUUUUUCCCUUUCUUCUAUGAAUAUUUAUUUUUCCCUUUUUAAUUUUUAUUUUUCAUUUCUGUAACUUCUCCGUCAAAUACACAGAGAGGGGGGGAAAAUUUUUAAGGAAAAAAGAAAGAAGGGAUUAAAUCGAAACCCUUAAGGAUGAUGCAGCUGGGUGGUACUACAACCCCAGCCGCUUCCUCCGCCGCAACCGCAGCGGCGCCGCCACAAUCGAACGAUUCGGCCGCUACAGAAGCUGCGGCAGCUGCAGCAGCGGUUGGGGCGUUUGAGGUGUCGGAGGAGAUGAGCGACCGCGGUUUUGGAGGAAACCGGUGGCCGCGGCAGGAAACGCUGGCGCUGCUGAAAAUACGAUCUGACAUGGGAAUAGCGUUUCGAGACGCUAGCGUUAAAGGACCCUUAUGGGAAGAGGUUUCAAGGAAAAUGGCGGAGCUUGGUUACAUAAGAAACGCGAAGAAAUGCAAAGAGAAAUUCGAAAACGUUUACAAAUACCACAAACGAACCAAAGAAGGUCGUACCGGAAAAUCCGAAGGCAAAACUUAUCGGUUCUUUGAUCAAUUAGAAGCUCUCGAGACUCAAUCAACCUCCUCGCUCCAUCAUCAACAACAACAACCGCCUCAACCACAACCGCAACCGCUUCAACCGCCACUCAACAACAACAACAAUAGCUCAUUAUUCUCCACUCCUCCUCCGGUGACGACAGUUAUGCCGCCGAUGACAAGCAUCACUCUUCCUCCUUCAUCAAUUCCUCCUUAUACUCAGCCUGUGAACAUACCUUCAUUCCCAAACAUCUCCGGAGACUUUCUGUCGGAUAAUUCGACAUCUUCUUCCUCUUCUUACUCGACUUCUUCCGACGUUGAGAUUGGCGGCACCACCGCGUCGAGGAAGAAGAGGAAGAGGAAAUGGAAGGACUUUUUCGAGCGGUUGAUGAAACAGGUUGUUGACAAGCAAGAGGAGCUUCAACGCAAGUUCUUGGAAGCUGUCGAGAAGCGAGAGCACGAGAGAUUGGUCAGAGAAGAAACUUGGAGAGUCCAAGAAAUCGCUCGAAUCAACCGCGAGCACGAGAUCUUAGCACAAGAACGCUCUAUGUCCGCCGCUAAAGACGCCGCGGUUAUGGCGUUUCUUCAGAAGCUAUCAGAAAAACCAAACCCUCAAGGUCAACCAAUCGCACCGCAACCGCAGCAAACUCGAUCGCAAAUGCAGGUUAAUAAUCAUCAGCAGCAAACGCCUCAACGACCACCACCUCCUCCUCCGCUUCCGCAGCCAACGCAGCCGGUGACACCUACCUUAGACGCUACUAAAACGGACAAUGGUGAUCAGAACAUGACUCCGGCGUCGGCUUCUGCGGCGGGAGGAGCGGCGGCGAGCUCGUCGCGGUGGCCGAAAGUGGAGAUAGAGGCGUUGAUAAAGCUGAGGACAAAUCUUGAUUCAAAGUAUCAAGAGAACGGACCAAAGGGACCGUUGUGGGAAGAAAUAUCAGCGGGAAUGAGAAGGUUAGGAUUCAACAGGAACUCGAAGAGAUGCAAAGAGAAAUGGGAAAACAUCAACAAGUACUUCAAGAAAGUCAAAGAGAGCAACAAGAAACGCCCCGAAGAUUCCAAGACUUGCCCUUACUUUCACCAGCUCGAUGCUUUAUAUAGAGAGAGGAACAAACUCCACUCAAACAACAACAACAACAACAUCGCAUCUUCUUCCUCAACUUCCGGUUUAAUCAAACCGGAUGAUUCAGUUCCUUUGAUGGUUCAACCGGAGCAGCAAUGGCCUCCGGCGACGGCAGCUACGACGACGACUACGGUGGCGGCUGCUCAGACCGAUAAUCAUCCUCAUCCUUCUCAGCCGUCGGAUCAGAACUUUGAAGAUGAAGAAGGCACAGACGAAGAGGAAUACGACGAGGAGGAAGAAGAGGAAGAGAAUGAAGAAGAGGAAGGAGGUGAGUUUGAGCUUGUGCCAAGCAAUAACAACAAGACGACGAAUAAUCUGUGAUAUGUGGAUAAAUGAUUCCGGUUUGAUGGGUGGAUUGUGGUCAAAGAUUAGUAGUCUUUUUUUUUUUUUAAAGUUUUGAUACAGGAAGAAGAGAAUUUAAAUAUUGGAGGGGGGGUUAUGUUUUUCUUUUUCAUCUUUGAUUUUUAAGUUAUACUGAGAAAAA